AUGAGGAUCGGGUCGAGAAUCGUGCGGUGGUUGCACACAAACAAAACUCCGCUUCGGGAUUUGGGAGGCGGAGGAGGGGUGCCUCGGACGAUAACCUUGAUUCCGAUGGCAGCGAUGGACAAGAUAAUGCCAAGUGGCAUCCAUAGGAAGGUCAUGAGAGCAAUUAAAGGUGUGGGUCUUUGUACUAAGCGGCCCUCGUGGAAUAUUAUAGGGGACAAGAGCUCGUUCCUCGGUAGUGGUGCCGCCCAAAUCGGGCAAACUUGGCCCGAAUUCCCUCACGACCUCCAUCCUCUUGUUGGGCCCGACGAGCACGCCCGGUUUCCUCACGAAGCCCGUGGCCCGGCCCGAGCCCGUCUCCUCCAGCUCAGUCCCGAGCACCCUAUCCGCGCCCAAAUACUUCUCACAAAAAUGCUCCACCAUGAUCCUAGGGCUCGCGGUCACCACGCACUUCCUACCGAACGAGUUGAAAACGCGCCAUGUGUCGGGAUUCACGUCCUCCGCGUAAAACCGUGGCAGAACAGACCGGGCCGCGAGCUUGAUUUCACGGAUUUUGAGGCCCGAGAAGGCGAUGAAGAUUAG